AUGAAGAGAAAAGCGGAGAAGUCGCAAGCAGCUGCUCCGGUCAGCGCCUUCGCGGCCCGCAAAGCUCGUCAGCAGCAAGCGCAACGUGCAGCAGCAGCAGCAGUCGAAAAGCCAGUCGCUAAUGAGUCGGCCAGCGAGCCUCCUUCGAAGAAAGCCCGACACUCCCCGGAAGAAGCGACCGCAGCCGAGCAGGAACGUACCCAGCUGAGGCGAUCUACGAGGCGAAAGGAUGCUGGUCCGGUCGAGAAACCGGCAGAAGAGGCGCGCAGGGUGACACGCUCACAGGAAGACUUACGGCGACCGGCUCAGGAACAAUUCCAACCCAGCGAGGAUCAACCCUCAUCGGAUGCCGAGUCGGAGAUAGAAGUUGCCUCCGUCGAGGAAGCCAAUGGUGUCGGGCUUGCGCCGCUGCAGGGAGAUGGUGACGAAUUCGAGUCGCCCGCCGACACCCCUGUGCAAUUGCAAGAAUUUCCGCUGUCGAAGACCCGCUUGAACAAGAACAAUGUGGUGUACAGCGACGAGCAUAGGCUCUGCGUCCGGAUCAAAGAGAAGAUGAGUCUUGUCUUCAUCGGUCACUACGAUCUCUGGGUUAAGCGUGGUGUGGUUAGCCUGAUGGGUGCAAAGCUGCACCCCUCCUCUCGAGUCUACAGGGUCUACGCCCCCUCGACGCAUUCCUUGCCGGUGAUCAAAUGCGUGUCUGGAGUGGACGGGGCGGCCGAAAUCGAAGUCAUGUCAUGCCACAGCGGCAUCUACCGUCUCAGGCACCUGUCGCCCCUGUACGAACGAGUCUGGAACAGCAAAAACACUGCGGCCGACAAGAUCACAUUGAAGAACGUGUCGCCCUCGACCAAGCGCACGUUCUCAGUGCUGUACACCUCUGCGGAUGAUGCCUUGAAGAGACAUCUCCGACCCCUGCACCUCGAGAAGCAGUGGAGCUCGGCCAUCAAGUCCCUGUCUCAGCGCGGUGGACGACUCCGAACCCUGAUCUGUGGUCCCAAGGCCUCGGGAAAGUCCACUUUCAGCCGCUACCUACUAAACCACCUUCUCAGUCCUGCUCCGCAAACCGAGUCAAGUUAUCGCAACACCGACGGCGUCGCCUUCCUCGAUCUCGACCCCGGCCAGCCUGAAUUCUCUCCCAUGGGACAGGUGUACCUUGCCCAUCUUCGCUCCCCAGUCUUUGGCCCUCCAUUCUCUCACCCAUCGUUGGACGAUUCCCGCAACGGCACGAUAAUUCGAGCUCAUCACAUCGGCGCAAGCUCCCCCAAGGAAGACCCCGACCACUACGUCUUAGCGGCUAAGGAUCUCAUGGAUCGCUACCGCUCUUUGCUGGCGAGCUACCCCCAGUGCCCUCUGAUCAUCAACUACCCCGGGUGGAUUUUCGGCCUCGGACUCGAGGUGGCCACCUACCUCGUGAGCUCCCUGGGUCUUUCAGACGUGGUCUACAUGAGCGAAAAGGGGCCCGCCGAGGUGAUCGAGCCUCUGGGCCAGGCCGCCGCACAGGCCAAAGUGCCUCUGACGAUCCUCCCAUCCCAACCCACCGAUUUUGUGAGCCGGUCCAGCGCGCAGCUCCGGUCCAUGCAAAUGCAGUCCUACUUCCACAAGACCCAGCCCAGCGACAUGGAGAACCCGUUGUGGCUCGAGCAGCCGCUCUCGCGCGCGCAGCCGUUCCAGGUUCACUACUCCGGCCCCAACCAGGACAUUCAGGGGAUCAUGGUCAUGGGCUCGCAGAUCCAUCCCGAUCUCCUCUCUGAAGUUCUGGAUGGAAGCCUCGUCGCCGUCGUCGCCGUGGAAUCUCCCAACGCGCUUCUCGGCGGCAACUCUACCCCAGAAUUCACCACCACCACCACCACCACCACCACUUCGACUGUUACCGCCGACGCCAACGACGCCGCCUCGGACAUCAGCAUGGUCGACGACGACAACAACAAUAAACGCCCCUCCAACAACCCGAACCCCGCCCCUCCCACAACCCUCACCUCCAACAUCACCCUUACCGCCCACGAAUCCCUCCCCUACCUCUUCGCCGGCUCCGGCAGCUCCAACCCGCUCGACCCGCGCAAAUCUCACAGCCUGGGACUCGCCCUCGUCCGCUCGAUCGACCCGGCCUCCCAGACCAUCGACCUCGUCACCCCGAUCGCCGGCUCGCAGAUCGAGAAGGCCCGCCAACAGGGCCACUCGCUGGUCCUCGUGCGCGGUCUCCUGGACAACCCCAACUGGGCGAUCAGCGAGGAGUACUACGCGGCGCGCUCGGCGCAGAAACGCCACCGGGACGCGCUCGAGAAGCUCGCCAAACGGACCGGGAACGCCGUCGACGCCGCGGAGGCGCGCAGCCAACAGCGGGUGGCGGAGUUGCUCAAGGAUCGCGUCCGCCGGGCGAGCACCAACGUGCCCUGGAUGACGGUGAUCGAGGAUCCGCGGAGUCGGCAGGCGGAGGGCAGCGCAGCGGGCACACCGCGGGAGAAGGGACUGUGGAAGUUGAGGAAGAAGGCGUAUUCGGGGAGCGGGAGUGAGGGGGAGGGCGAGUGGUAG